AUGUGUUUCUCAUUGGCUUUAGUGUCUUUCUUUUCCAGUUCAACUCUGCUAUUUUACAAAAAAUCUUAUGCCAAAAGGAAAGGUUUUAAUAUUUGCAAGACAUUAUAUUCAUCACAAUCCAAUUCAGUUUCAGCCAGAACAACUCAACCCCUUGUUAGACGAUCAGCAAACUAUGUGCCAUCUCUAUUGUCAUUUGAUCAUAUUCAGUCACUCUCUAUCAAAUAUAAGGGAAAUGAUUACACGUCAAGAAGAGAUAGUAUGAUGGAAGCAGUGAAGGCCUUGAUAGGCAAAGUCCGUAAGCCAUUGACUACACUUGAACUUAUUGAUGAUUUACAGAGACUUGGAAUAGCAUAUCAUUUUCUUGAUGAAAUAAGUUAUCUCUUGGAGAAGAUUUAUCACAAUUUCUACCAUGCUCAAGAUAAGUGGAAUUCAAUGAAUCUCAAUCUUAAAGCCCUUGGUUUUAGAUUAAUGAGACAACAUGGUUAUUAUGUCCCUGAAGAGAUAUUUUGCAACUUCAAGGACCAGAUUGAAAAUUUUAAGCCACACUUAUACGAGGAUAUGAUAUGCAUACUGAACUUGUAUGAAGCUUCUUAUCAUUCAUUUGAGAAUGAAAGCAUUCUGGACCAUGUUAGAGACUUCACAACCAUAUAUCUCAAAGAAAAUUUUGAAUACAUUCCUGAAAAUUUAUCAUCAUUAGUAACUCAUGCUUUAGAGCUUCCACUGCACUGGAGAGUACCCAGGGUAGAGGCAAUAUGGUACAUUGAGGAGUAUGAAAAAAGAAAUAGCAGGAAUCCAACCCUGGCCCAACUAGCAAAAUUGGAUUUUAAUAUGGUUCAAGCUAUCCACCUUGAAGAUCUAAAACACUCAUCAAGAUGGUGGAGAAAUAUAUGUUGGGAAAAAAAGUUAAGUUUUGCCCGAGACCGAUUGGUUGAGAUCAAUUACCUACCGCACUUUAGUGAGGAAAAGAAAACUCUAUUGACGGUUGGAGCCAUAAUAACCACUCUUGAUGAUGUCUAUGAUGUGUAUGGUACUUUGGAUGAACUUGAUCGAUUUACCCAUGCCAUCAACAGAUGGGAUAUCAAUUUGGUGGAUGAACUCCCAGAUUAUAUGAAGAUAUGUUUUCUUGGAUUUUACAACUCGAUAAACAACAUCUCAUAUAAUGCAUUGACCCAAACCGGAUUCUUCAUCCUUCCUUACCUAAGGAAAACAUGGGCAGAUUUAUGCAACUCAUACAUAGUAGAAGCACGGUGGUACCAAAGUGGACAUACACCAACACUAGAAGAGUACUUGGAGAAUGGUUAUGUAUCGGUAGGGGCUCCUGUAAUACUCAUGCAUCUUAGUUUUUUGACAUCAAUCAGUGCAACAGAAGAAAUCUUACAAGGCAUAGAAGGAGCUGAAAAUAUAGUUCGCUACUCAUCCCUAAUAUUACGACUUGCUGAUGACUUGGGGACAUCCUCGGAUGAGAUUGCAAGAGGCGAUAAUCCAAAAUCAAUUCAAUGUUAUAUGCAUGAGACUGGUGCAACUGAAGAAGAAGCCAGAACGUAUAUUGAAUUAUUAAUCAUCAAGACAUGGAAGAAACUUAAUAAAGCACGAGCAGGUGCAAAGUGUCGAUUUUCAAGGGAAUUUAAUAAUGGUGCUACAAACCUUGCUAGGAUUGCACAAUUUAUGUACUCUAAUGGAGAUGGGUAUGGUCGUCCAGAUUUGACAAAGUCGCAAGUAAUAUCUCUAUUCUUCAAUCCAAUCCUAGGAAUCGAAUAG